AUGGCCUCCAAGGUCAAAGCUCAACGCAACAUGCCCAGAAAGCGCGAGCCCAAGAAACCUCACGCCCACCAACAAUGCACACCCGUCCCCGAAGCAGAGCCCACACCAAAACCUUCAUCCACCGAGUCUACCGACGUCGAGCAUGCCAAGAAAAACGCCAGGACUCGCGCCGGUAGAAGGUUUUCCAUGGGCCUUGAGCCAGAAGUCGAUGUCUUCGAUGAAGUCUGGGCUCUCAUUGCUGAGAGAGAGGCGCGAAGACGUGUGAGCGUCUGGGGACACAAUGCCGAGGAUAUGAGAGAUUACGAUGAGGCGGGAAAGAGAGUUGUUGAAUGGUUGGCAAACGUGCGAUAA